CAAUUCACCCUGCCACUACAGUAUACAAUACUCGAUUGAAAGCCUCAAGUACAUAUUCUUUCAGGCUCGCCUUAAAUGCAACUCAGGUCUACUAACUGUACUUCUGUGCGGCAAGCCGGGGAAAAUGAUGGUGGGAAGGUUGACGACGGGUAUAAUUCCAAAGUCCAAGGAUACCACCUCAUGAUAUCCAUCCUCAAGUCAUGAACUCCAUCUUGGUUUUCAUAUCGACUCUUGCCUUGACCCUUUUCCUCUAUCGCCGGUCUAGAAAGUCUUCGUUUGCUUAUAUUCGAGGCCCAAAGAGUCCUUCGUUUUUGAUAGGAAAUUUUGGGGAGCUGCUCCGCGCGCAAGCAGCCGAGGCCGACCUAAAGUGGCAAUCUGAGUUUGGCGAUGUGGUCAGAUUCAAGGCACCGUUUGGAGAGGAUCGACUUCUAAUAUCGGACCCCAAAGCAAUCAAACAUAUUUCGCAAGGGUAUAAAUGGGGAAACUGCGUAGAAAGGCGCGCACGCUCUCUGGUUUUAGCUGGUCCCAGUCUUCUCUAUGUGGAAGGCGAUGACCACAAGCGGCAUCGGAAAAUAAUGACACCUGCGUUCGGAGGUUCACAGUUGAAAGCGUUGGUGCCGGUGUUUUUUGAGGCAGCGGCUUCCAUCACCAAGAAGUGGAAAGACAUACUCUCUGUCUCCGAGGACCAGUCUGAGGUCCUCAAUGUACCCACCUGGGCUUCACGUGCCACCUUCGAUGCACUUGGCCACGGCGCUUUCGGCUAUGACUUCGGGGCAAUCGAAAACCAAGAUAGCGACUUAUCAAGGGCGUAUAAGAACCUACUUACCGACAUGUAUGCCGCCCCCACAGAUGGGAUGAUUAUCGAGAACGCUUUAUACGAAUAUCUUCCUCUCAAGGUCGUGUCGUGGAUGUUAGAGUAUACGCCAAAUGCCAAAAUAGCCCGCGGUCGGACUACACGCGAUAUGGCGACAGAUGUGGCUCGUCGCAUGAUUUUAGCGAAAUCAGAAGACCUUGCUGAGCUUGAAGGAAAUAAAGACCUUAUUUCUCUUUUGGUUAAAGCAAACAUGUUAGAAACCGCGCGAAAUAGACUCAGCGAGAAAGAGCUUGUGGCACAAAUACUAAUAUUGUUCCUUGGUGGUCUUGAAUCAACGGCAAACUCUCUUAGUUGGACAUUGCUCGAACUAUGCAGACAACCCGAGAUUCAAACGAAACUACGUCAGGAAAUUCAUGCUAAGGAACGCGAACUUGCUCGUGAAGGAAGAACUGAAUUCACUGCCGAGGAUUUUGAUAAUCUCCCUUAUUUGAUCGCGGUCGUAAAAGAAUCUUUACGCUAUCACCCAGUACUCAUUCAUAUCCUCAAGAUGGCCAUGGAAAAUGACUGUAUUCCUCUCAGUCAACCUAUCAAAACCGAAGACGGAAAGCAAAUCGAUCAAAUUCCUGUGAGAAAAGGACAGAAGGUUUUCGUUUCCGUCCCAGCUUUUAACAGGAGUAAAGUAAUAUUUGGCGAAGAUGCACAUGUAUUCAAACCUGAGCGAUGGCUCGACAAAUCUAAAGCAAAUAAGGGACCAUCGAUAGGCAUGUAUGCCAACCUUUUAACCUUCUCUACAGGUGUUCAGUCCUGCCUUGGGUGGAGAUUUGCUGUCCUCGAGCUUCAGGCGUUCCUAGUCGAGUUGAUCAGCAACUUUGAAUUCACGUUGACGCCGGAGUGUGAAAACAUACGGAAGGAGUACUCCAGGGUGGUCGUUCCAACUCUGGAAGGUGAACUGUCGAAAGGGGCACAAUGUCCAUUGAGGGUGAGAUGUACUAAAAUGUCAGACCGGUAGUAACCAGUAAAGAAUGCAGGAUGGUUUCGAG